AUGACGAAAAUUGUCCACUUGAUGCGAUCCAUCAUUGGAAUCUUCAACGAGCACGCUGGUGAGGACAACUUGCUCGACAAGGAAGAAUUGAAGGCAAUGAUGGGACAAGAGCUCCCUGAGGUGUUUUCUUCUGAGGCAAGGGUGAAUGAGCUCGUUGCCCAUAUCGAUAAGGAUUUCGACGGGAAGAUCAGCUUCGACGAGUUCAUCAAAUCGAUGGCCUACAUCUGCAACCUGGUCAAGGUCGACAACGAGGCCUCUACUGACGGCAAUAACGGUAGCAGCGAGGGCAGCAGCUACAGCGGCUACGGCGGCUACUAG